AUGGAGGCACCCAUUUGCCGACCCGACCCACUCUCCAGAGAGGUGUGCUGCCCACCAGGGGCUCGUAUCAGGGGCGUCACCAAGAGGCCGCCAAGCCUGGUGCAGCCCAUUGACUACUGUCUGCUGCUGCUGUGUCAAACAACAGCAGAGCACAAGCAAUCUAGGGUGUUCCUGAAACGUGUUGAUGGCAAAUUCCUUCUCCAAGUGAUAGAAGAGCCAAAGAGGAGAGAUGUUAUGCUGGACCUUGUUCUCACCAUCAAGGAGGGGCUGGUGGGGAACGUGAUUUGCAAGUCAGAUGCUCCUACAGGGGAUGUUCUGCUUGAUGAAGCUCUGAAACACAUAAAAGAGACCCAACCUCCUGAAACAGUACAAAAUUGGAUUGAACUGCUUAGUGGUGAAACAUGGAACCCACUGAAGUUGCACUACCAAUUGCGAAAUGUCCGUGAACGGUUAGCUAAAAAUUUAGUGGAAAAAGGUGUACUGACAACAGAGAAACAGAACUUCCUUCUUUUUGACAUGACUACACACCCUCUCACCAACAACAAUAUCAAACAGCGCCUCAUCAAGAAGGUUCAGGAAGCAGUUCUUGACAAAUGGGUGAAUGACCCUCACCGCAUGGACAAGCGCUUGCUGGCACUCGUUUAUUUAGCCCAUGCUUCAGAUGUUCUGGAGAAUGCUUUCGCCCCCCUUUUGGAUGAGCAGUAUGAUUUAGCCACAAAGAGAGUGCGGCAGCUUCUGGAUUUAGACCCUGAGGUUGAAUCUAUGAAAGCCAACACAAAUGAGAUUCUGUGGGCUGUUGUAGCAGCUUUCACAAAAUAG